UCCAAUAGAAAACAAAAGACAAAGAAGAGUGUACGAAAAAAAACGUAAAGAGGAAAAAAUUAGCAAGUAUUUUUUUAUUGGGCGUCAAUAAAAUAUUGUAAUUUGUGAAAAUUCCGUGGAAAUAUUAAUUUAAAUUAAGCAAGUAACAAAAGUGAAAAUGCUCGCCUUAAUUAACAGAAUAUUGGAUUGGUUUAAAAGUAUCUUUUGGAAAGAAGAAAUGGAAUUGACGCUGGUUGGGCUGCAGUAUUCGGGAAAGACGACAUUUGUUAAUGUUAUAGCUUCUGGCCAAUUUACCGAAGACAUGAUACCAACAGUUGGUUUCAAUAUGCGUCGCAUAACUAAAGGUAAUGUAACAAUUAAAGUCUGGGAUAUUGGCGGUCAACCUCGUUUCAGAUCAAUGUGGGAACGUUAUUGUCGUGGUGUGAAUGCAAUUGUUUACAUGGUCGAUGCUGCUGAUAAAGAUAAAAUGGAAGCAUCACGCAAUGAAUUACAUUCGCUAUUAGAUAAACCUCAAUUGGCUGGCAUACCUGUCUUAGUAUUGGGCAAUAAACGUGAUAUUCCAGGUGCUUUAGAUGAAACCGGCCUAAUCGAAAGAAUGAAUUUAUCUAGUAUACAGGACAGAGAAAUUUGCUGUUAUAGUAUUUCGUGUAAAGAAAAAGACAACAUCGACAUAACUCUACAAUGGCUAAUUGCACAUUCAAAAAGUCAAAGUCGUUAGAAAUAAAACCGCCCUCUACCCCUCCCCCCUGCAGUACUCAAACGUAAACAAUUGAGUCGUUUUCAAUAAGAGACUCAAAGAACUUCCGUGUAGUGUACUAAGCUUGUGAUGGAUUGAUGUGAUGUGCUUCUAAUGAUGAAAAGUUGAUAAUGAUGUGGAUGAUUAACGAAUGGUGGAAUUUAUGUAGGAUAGACAUUUAUUUAUUUAUUUUAUUCUCUCUCUCUUUCUUAGUUUAAUUUUGAAAAUUUAAUAUUGAUGCCUUUAAGUAAAAAAAUACGAAAGAAAAGAAAAAACACUUAAAGCUUUAAAAACUUUUUAAAUUUGAAAAUCUAAGUUUCAGUUACGAACAUGAACUCAUCAAAAAAAAAAACGCCAGAAGAGAGUAUCGAAUAAUAAUUAUUUACAUAUGUGUACUUAUUCUUAUUAUUAUUAUCAAUUUGGCCUACAAUUUAUAAAAGAUACAAUACCUAUUAAGAAAUAUAUAAUAAUAACAAAGAAAAACUCGCAAAAACAACACAUACAUAUACAUGAAAAACUAAAUUUAAAACAAAACAAAAACAAACAAAAAUGCCAAGCUUAAUACAAAAAUUAUUUAAAAAACAAAAGAAAUUUAAAAAAUAAUAAUAGAAUACUGAAAUUGUUUGUAAGAUCUGUAUUCUGUUUUCUAUUUUGUUGAAGUGAUUGAUCUCUGUUCUAAAUAUUAUUUCAAAUUCAAAUUUGCCUUAAAAUUGCACAAGUCAAAUGUUUCUGUACACUAUGUAUAAUAAAUAAUGAAUGUGAGGUGCUUUCAAAGAUUUGUUUAAUUUUUGUUUUGUUCCAAAUAUUUUAAAUUUUUUCUAAUUUUUUUUAUAAAUUAAUGAGAAUAAAAGAAAAGUUUAUAAACCUUAUGUUAUAUUUUGAAAUUAGGAAAAAAAUGUUUUAACAUGAUUUCAAAUUUUAAUUAGUCACAAUUAUUGCUUGCCUGGUCAUUAUUUUGGGAUUUGGUUUCUUUAAUUGUUUAGUUCCUUAAAUCCUAAAACACAUGCCUGCUCAUUUCCUGUAAUUCUCCUACGCUUGUCUCUCUCAUUUAUUAACGGUAUACAUCUAAAUGCCUCUCUGUCACUCUUAUUUGUGUAGCUUUAAGUUGUAACUCUUCUAUGGAAUUGCUUAUUUUAAAAUUUUAAUUUUUUAUGUUUUAUUUGUUUUAAGCACGCUUUAAUUUAAACAAAAGUAUAAAAAAAAUAAAAUCAACCAAAUUAUAAAAAGAAAAGAAAAUAUCAAAUUUAAUUUGUGUUAAUAAUUGUUUAAGCAUCUGUACAUUUCUUUUAUUCAAUUGAUUGCUAGCUGAUGAUAAUUAUAUUAUACAAAUUAAUUGAUUAUUAGAUAUUUAUUAUGUAUGUCUAGUGUUACAUGUAAAUUUAUUAUGUCAACAACAACUACAACAACCAACAAACAACCAACCACAAAACAAAGAAAAACCCCUUUAUUAAGUAAUCGAAUUCGAAUUGUUUUCUUUUUUCGUAUUUUAUAAAAACUGUAAUAGAAUUAAAGACAAAAUAUUAAAAAAAAGAAGUUCAAUUUGUUAAAACCAAAAAAAAAGAUAUAAAAUUAAAAAUUAUAAUUAAAAUAAUUACGAAAUGCAUCUCAAACAAAAAAUAAAACUGUAACCAAUUCUAUAAAUAGAUUUUAAACGAAAACAUUAAAAAUUAAACAAAAUAACAAUAACAAAAACGGUAAUAAAACCAAAAAAAAAGCUUUUUAAUAUGAUUUUAUUUUAUUAUCAAUUGAUUAGUUACAGAUUACAUUCAACAACAAUCAAUUCAAUUUAUAUACAUACAUUUAAAUAAAAAAACAAAACAAAAAGAAAUCAAAACCAACCAAAAAACAAUAAAACAAUUUAGAAAUAAUAAACACUAAA